AUGGAAGGAGGAAGCGCUCGCAGCGCCCUCUCUCCUGAUGCGCCGGCGCAGGCAGUGGCUGCGCGCGAGGAGAUUCCUUGUGGCGACGAAGCUGGGAUCCACACACCCGACGGAGCGGCGUUGCUUGUCGCGGGCGCCCUGGGAAGCAAUCGACCUGAAGGCGACCGAAGCCGCGCGCUUGCGACGAAGGAAGCGAAACGCGCGAAGGUCUCUGUCGUUUGCGGCACCCGUCUUUCCGUCUGGCGACGACGAGGCCGCCAGUUCCGACUCGAGGCGCAUCCCGUCUCCGCCUGCGUUCCCCGACGGAGAUGUCGACUCGUCCGCCGCGCCGGCCGCGCCCCAGGCCGACGCUCGGCGUGCAGGUGGACGUACACCCGAGGGUCGCCGCCGCCUCGGCUCCUUGCCGGCGCGAGAUCUGCUGCCGCGCGCGUCGGCGGCUCCGCUCUUUCCUGGCUCGUGGAGUUGCGUGGAGGCGACGUCGGUCUCGCCUUCUCGCGCUUCCUCGCAGUUGCUGUUCUCCGCGUUCUCCCUCGCGUCGCCUUCUCCCAUCGUUGGAGACGACUGUCUCUCCGUUUCGCGGCGAGAAGGGGACGCCUCCGAGGCUUUGCUGACUUCUCCUGCCUUCGCGAGCGCAAGCCCAGAGACCGCCCACAGCGACAGAGGCGCCGCUCGCGGACUCGCGCCUGCGCCGACGGCGGACGCGGCGUCGCCUGGUGGAGUGGAGACAGGGGCGGCGAAGGUAUCUCAGGAGGAGACGCAGAGGACUGUCUUUCCGAGCGACUUCGCUCUGAGUGA